ACUCUCAUUUGUGACAACAACAAGUUGACGUGUGUUGUCAAAACUUCGCAUACACAGAGCACACAAUUAAAAGUGCAGAUAUAAUUUACACAAUUUUAUAGGGCAAAAUACCUGGUGUCUUUCUGAGCGAUUUACUAAGGUCGGCGUUCCAACUAUUUGCCUGCACUUUGACAAACAAGCAAAACACAAUUUUUACAUCAAUUGCAAGUGAUUGUUUUUGUAGCAUUUUCACGUUAAUCAUACGGCAUAAAACACAAAAAGAUGGGUGGAUUGUUCAGCUAUUUCCGUGGUUUACUGGGCUCAAGGGAAAUGCGCAUACUGAUCCUAGGUUUGGAUGGGGCCGGUAAAACCACAAUUUUAUAUCGUUUGCAAGUCGGUGAGGUGGUAACAACAAUUCCAACGAUCGGGUUCAAUGUUGAGCAAGUGACGUACAAAAAUUUGAAAUUUCAAGUAUGGGAUCUGGGUGGACAGACCAGCAUUCGACCAUAUUGGAGAUGUUACUACAGCAAUACAGACGCAAUCAUCUACGUGGUGGAUUCGGCGGAUCGCGAUCGAAUAGGCAUUUCCAAAGAUGAACUGUUAUACAUGUUGAGAGAGGACGAGCUUGCCGGAGCGAUCUUAGUCGUAUUAGCCAAUAAACAGGAUAUGGACGGUUGUAUGAGUUUAGCAGAGGUGCACCGAGAGCUCGGCUUGGACGCUCUGAAAGAUAGAACAUUCCAAAUAUUCAAGACGUCAGCCACGAAAGGCGAAGGUUUAGACGAAGCGAUGGAUUGGCUUUCAAACGCACUUCAAGCUAGAAAGUAAUCCACAUCACAGCACGCAAUCCACGUAUCAACAGACCACGAAUUGCCACCCGUGCAACCGAAGCAUAAGACCGUUUUCAUACACACGAUUAAUGCAUUCAAACAAUGAAAACGAAAUGGAAAUUCAAUGUGUAUUGUCCGAUUAAUAAGUAUAAUAAUGAUGAAAACUAGCACCCAAUGACUUAAGAUAUAUUUAGCGAGUGAAACAAAGAGAUAAAAACAAAAAAAAAACGAUGAAAAUGAUUUGCAAGAAAAAGAACAUAAAACAUUUGAUUCAUUUGUAUAAUGUAUAUUUUCAAAAGGAAACAAAAAACAAUUUAAAUGUCCCCAAAACUAUUUCCUAUAACUAAAAAAAUUAAUUUAUAUGAAAUAAAUCUUGUAACGAACUUGUAACAAA